ACACAUUGUAUAGCGUAUGGCUUUGCUUGACAAUACUCAACCUAAACCUGCGAUAUCGGGGCAGAGAUUUUCAUAAUUGUAUAUAUGGAUAUAUAUAUAUAUACGCGUCUGUGCCAACAAUUUCCAUGCGAGAAGGGGGUGCAUAAACGUGCAAUAAGUUUCUUAUUAUUCCGUGGGAGCAGAUUUUGAAUUAUAAUCCGUCGCUUUGCAAUUGAUUAUUAUAUCCCCGAUUUUGGCUGGCUGUCGUAAAAUGGCGUGAAAUUAGAUUACUGUGAUGUUCCGCUAAAGACCGGCGAGAUAUGGAGGGCCGAAUUAAUUUAAAACUGAAACAACUAACAAAGUCAAGGACCAUUUCUAAGUUUGUACGUUCAUAGAAGAUGUCCACAGCUAUCGAUAAACUGAGGGUCAAAGGAGCGCCUGCGCCACGAAACACACCUACGUCAUCUCCGGUCAUGGCGACGUCACGAGCGAAUCGUCCGGUUAUAACGAGCACUAUACUGACAUUAGACAAGUCGUACGAAAUCAUCCUAAAGCAGACGUCACGUCACUCCCUUGAGCUAGCAGCGGCGGGGAUGUCUGCUGCUUCACGGAGAAUGGAGUAUCUGAAUCGUGUGCAACACGCAAAUUUUGGAAUUUCCACCAUGGAUUCGCCAUUUAUUGUUUGCGAGGACAGCAUAAUUGAAGAGAAACCGUACUUUGUUCUAUGUGGACAACCCGUUAAUGGAGUUUCGGCCAAAUCUCUUGAAAAGUACCUGUCGGAAAAUCGAACGGGAAACUUUAAGACUUCUCCCCAUGAAAUGUAUAGAGUACGUCACGGGGUAAAAACAGCAAAAGUUCGUACAGAACCUCCAUUCCUAGUGUCUCGGUCCAAAAGGGCCAAGUCUGAUCUUGUGGACUACUCUAGUCAUCGCUCCGACACCGUUUUAUCUUCUGCAGUGUCACGGAAACCUCUCUCGGAAGCCAACUCUAGCGCCGUCCCUAUCGAACUGACCACCAAAUCUCUCAAGAGUUUUCGUGAACCCGGAAGAGCUACAGUUCAAUCUAAGUCAGCCGAUUACUUGGCUUUCCGACCAAUCAAAUCCAGCAAGGUGAUGAUGACGCGACACGAGAUGACGGAGAAAAUAGUGAGGGACCACGAGUCUGGGAAAGCCCUGCUGACGUGUAUCCACGUCAAUAAUCACAUUCCGGGAAACGCCCGGAACCACGAGGUUGAUGAAAACAGUAUACAGGCGCAGAGUAAAGCAUUUUCUCAGAACGGGUUACGGCCGUUCAAUAACCCGUACCGAAAUCUCAAGCACAGAGAAACUGUCAUCAUGAAAGACCGGAAGACUGACAUGAAAUCGGUCCGGAAGAUUGCAAAUUUGCCGGUGGAUGUCCAUAUGAUCCAAAACGGAAAACAAAUAGACCUUCCUAAAAAUAUCCUUCGCGUCCCCAAUCCGUGCUCAGAUACUUUUUUGUUGCAAAUGCUACUUACAGCGAACAACCCAAAAACUUACCAACCACCCAAAGCGACUCGUGUAUCCACGGGGAAAUACUCGGACAUAGCUUUGCAGCGAGAUUUGGAUGACUUCAGUCAAGUACGGAGCCCGUCGGUGCCCCCAAAAUCCCCGGCAGGUCCAGCAAAAUCCCCGGAUGAGAAAACGUCGAGUCACCAAGAAGAAGAAGAGAGAAGCAUAGAAGCAGUCGAUUCAAAGGAUCAGAAUGACGAAAGCCAGUGACGUCAUUUUCUAAGCAGCUUAUAGAUGAGAACUAGAAAUGUGUUGGCGUUGCUAUUCCAAUGCAACCAAGGGGACUUGGUUAGAAACAAAGUGCUGUGUUAACUGUAAUGUUUGUUGAUUUCAUUGUUUAAAUCAUUUGGAUUCUCUAUAAGAUGUUUUAUUGAGAGAGAGAGAGAUAGAGAGAAAAAGAAAGAGAGAUCGAGAGAGAGAGAGGGGGGUUGUGCUUUCUUUACUUUACUAUAUAUAAGAUGGUUUCAAAUACUCCAAAUGAAAUCUGAAUUUUUAGUCAAAUUUUAAAAAUGAAUCUUUGCAUGUGUACAUAAGCCAAGUUAUCAUAUGUUAUGUCAAUUGAAUUUUGUUGGUUAUACAGUAUUUGACGUAUAUAAUGUAUUAAUAUACAUAGUUAUACAUGUUAGUAUAUAUUGUUGUCAACACAAAAGAAUUUUUCUGGUUUGUAUACAUACAUGUACAUGUAUACGCAUUUCUAAAAUUGACACCAUAACAAUUUU